AAACAUGUCAGUUCCAUAUUAACACAUAAGAGUCAGAGAAUAAUCUAUUUUAUGUGCGUACAUGUCAAAAGAGACUUUAUUUAAAGAAUGAUUAAAUCGAUUUAGAUGUUCGGUGUUUCCACACUCAGCUUUCUAAGAAUGUCUAUUCACACAAAGAUGAACUUUAUAUUGUUUGCUUCAUUAAGAAAUGUACUGUACAACGAUUGUAAUAACAGAUCCAGUAAUAAAUGUUUCAAUUGUGAACUGAAGUGAGCUGCAUUCAAUUGGAUUUCAGAGGAAUUUGUUCAAAAUGAGUGCUUUGAAAGUUUCAGAAACCACUAAUAGAAUGUGCGAUUUCCUUGAAACCGAAAGGCGACGUGACGUCAACUCUCAUUAACACAUGUAUUUCGUACUUUUAAAAACCAACCACUGCUGGGUUUUCGUCCUCAUUCACACAUUCACGCUUCUGACUGUGCGACAACUUUUGAAAAAGGGUUACAGGAAGCACGCGGGAAACCACUCUGAUGAGAAUAACUAGGUAACCUACAAAAAAAAUGACAUCAGACAUUAAGAAAUGGCAACUAGGGAAAAUGGGGCUGAAAAUCAGGCUAGUUACAAAAGUGGUUUUAGGUAUAAGAAGACACUUUUGAUUGGAUGUUUUAUGGGCUCAACAAUGCUGGUUGGAAAAGCACUUAACACCUAUAAACAAGAAGAAUGAGGAAAAAUAUAAGAAGCCAUGGGAAAACCAAAUUUAACUUAAAAGAUUCAUUCGCAGCAUAUUUCAUUGAUUUAAAUUUAGUUAUUUAAAGGAGCAGUAUUAUGCAUGACCCAGACACAAAGUGGCAUUUUAUAGAACAAUCAAAGAACCGUUAUUAUACAAAUGCUGUACUGUGUAGAGCAUAACAUAAUUUGACACAACGAGGAACCAAGAACAGAACCUCUCGCACAGAAUAUUCAUCUUGUUCACCAGUGCAAAUACCGAUUUCUGAUCAAGAUAAUAUCUGGCCUGCAACAUACUGUCAGCAUGCGACUUUAUCUGGCAAAAAUAAAUGUGAACUGCUAUUGAGAAGAGUAGAGAUCAAUAAUUUAGGCAUAACACCAGCUGUGUCAAAUCAGACUGAUAUUUUGAAGCGAGAAGGCGCGCUUAUUGUGCCACGUCGUGAUGGCCGUUAGCCAGGAAAGGCUGCUUGUUGGUACAGCAUUUUGAGAGAAUGUUGCAAGAAGAAAGUGUAACAGAGUGGCAGACAUUCAGUCUUAUUCAACAAAUUAAACUAUGAAUUCCAGUGAGGCUUGUUUGUCUGAUUAAAAGUACAAUUUGAAAACUGUAAAAGUCUUUAACCAGGUAUUAAACAUACUUUUAUGAAACCCACAUUUCUGCAUGAUAACCGUAUGUUUAUUGGUCUAAUGUAAUAUUCUAAUCCUAAAUGUAAACCCACAGUCAUCAGUCUGUGUCUAAUCAAUAUAAUGUGUUUUACUAGAACUAGUUUACUGACAUAAAUUAACUUUCAAUAAUAUUCCAAUUUACUGAAUACAAUAGUGUAAUUGCACUGUGUGUGCUAGAGUAAUGAAUAGCAUUAAAGGGUUAUUUCCACAUUUUGUAAUUUCUGCACUUGAGCUGUUCUGGUUCAAAGUCUACAACAAUUUUAAACAUUUUAUUCUAUAUGUCAUACCAUAAAAAGGGAACAUUUUCAGUUUUCCUUUCAUGAGAAUUUCUUUAUUAUUGUUAUUUUGACUGGAUUUUUGUUUCAGGGUCAAUAUAACCAUAAUACACAACUGCAUCCAAUAAAAGAGUGACCUGUGGCCCUUGUGAAGCUCAAGAGCGUCUGCACAAAAGUGUUUCAAUUAGAACGUCUCAUUCUUCAAAAUGUAUUUGCUGCUUUUUUAUUUAAUGAAAAUUUUUUUCUUUCUUUCUUUUCUCUUACAAGAAAUGAAAUACAUCCAGCUUUGCUUUGAAAAUUUUUGAAUGGAGAAUUGUGAGGCAGUAUGAAUGUGGAGGGCGAAAAUAGCAUCAAAUAAUAUUCUCACCCUUCCUUUCAGUAUAAAUGUCAAUGGUUAACACAAGAGUAACCUCACAGAUUUGCUAAUGUUAUUUCCAGUUUCACCCUGACCUUCAAUCUCUAAAGGAGGAAUGACGUGACAAAGCACUUUCAGUUUCAAGAAAUAAAUUUAAAAAAAAAAAGAGAAAAUCCCUACUUAGGGUAUAAAACCCUUGAGGAUGCCUGAGUUGAGACAGAUACGCUCAGAGAAUUCAACUCAAGUCCAGGAUGCCACUCAUGAAGCUCUCCUUCACUCCUGUGCUGCUGCUCCUGGCACUCAGCUGCCCUGCAUGGGUGGUCAGCCGGUCACUACCACUGACGCCCAGCGGUCAGAUGACCGACUCCUGUGUCUUUUAUGCACGGAUGCUUCUGGAAAACGUCACAAAUCUUCUGGCGCCGGACGAUCCGACAAGGAUGUUCAGUGGGUUGAACUGCACCAGGCACAACAUGCAGCUGAACUUGAAGACCAACACGUCCACUGUGUGUUCGCCACAGGGUUCAGUAUGCUCUGGGGAAACUACAUCAGCGUUUGAUCGGGAGUCAUGUUUGAAAGACAUCGGGACCGACCUGAGCUACUACUACAACGUUCUCUCCAGUCAGCCGGAUUCUGAUGGUACUCUUGGUUCUUCUGUUCUCCUCCCCCUCAGAGAGCUCAUGGAGAAUUGCUUUAGCUCAUCUCUAACAGACUUGAGCUCAAAGGAGGCUUCUGUGGACCAUUCGAGCACCAACGGCUUCAAUCAACGGAAGCUCCUCUGCAAGAUCAUGAAAGGCUUCCACGUCCGCACCAUCACGAUCAACCGAGCCAUUGGCUACAUGAACCUCGGUGAACACACUAACUGAACCCUCACCGAUCUCCAGAGCAAGAAACAAGCAGCAAGGAACCACUUCUCAAACAGUUAAACUACACCGUGCUACUAUAAAAAAAAAGAAAGAAAGAAA